CCUGGCCACAGGCGGGCUGGACGCGGUAGAUGGGACCCGUCUGAGAAACAAAAAGCCCCGGGAGGGAAGGCAGGGGCAGCGGCGGCCUGGAGGACGGGGCGGCGGCGGCGCGGGGCGGCAGGGCGAGCUCCGGCCGCAGGAAGGCGCCUCGCUCGGCGGCGGCGGCGGCCACGGCCAAGGACCGCGGGGACCGCAGCCCGGCCGGCCGCGCGCGCCGGGCGGGCGUGCCCCCAGGUCGCCUCCCGGGCCACGCCGGGGCCACCGCGAGGUGAGACCGGCCCUGCCCCCGCACCGCCCCCGGCGGGAGGCGCGACGCCCAGGCCGCGGGUGCGUGCGCGGCCCCGGGCGACGCGGCUGGGCGUGCGCGGGGCCGCGGCGGAGGCUGGGCCGGGCGGGCGGCAGAAGAUGGCGAGGGUGUGUAGGCGGCAGCAAUGCUCCGUUGAGAAGCGCGGCUUUCGGCAGGAACUGGACUCCUGGCGCCACAAGCUCCUCCACUGUGUCGGGUUUGAAAGUAUUCUUGAAGGGCUGUUUGGACCUGCAUUUUUAAAAGAUCUCAGUUUAUUUAAAGACUGUCAACCUGAAAGCAUUUCUGAUUGGACUUUUGAUGAAAAUUGUCUAUUCUGUUGCUUGAGAAGAGAUAAAGUAAAGGGACACUUAGUCGGUCUGGAUGAACCAGCUUCAGGAGCUGGGCGGGAAGCUCUGCUUAAACAAGAGCAAGCAAAAAUCAUUCGAUUCGAGAAACAAGCAGAAGAGUUCCUCAAUGCAGUCUUUUAUAGAAAAGACAGUCCCUGGGUCUCCGACCCCAAUAUUCCCCUAGUGGCCCGUGAGAUCAUGCAGCGAAUGAUCCAACAAUUUGCUGCUGAAUAUACCUCAAAAAAUAGCUCUACUCAGGACCCCAGCCAGCCCAAUAGCACAAAGAACCAAAGCCUGCCGAAAGCAUCUCCAGUCACCACCUCUCCCACGGCUGCAACUACUCAGAACCCUGUGCUCAGCAAACUUCUCAUGGCUGACCAAGACUCACCUCUGGACCUUACUGUCAGAAAGUCUCAGUCAGAACCUAGUGAACAAGACGGUGUACUUGAUCUAUCCACUAAGAAAAGUCCAUGUGCUGGCAGCACUUCCCUGAGCCAUUCUCCAGGCUGCUCCAGUACUCCAGGGAACGGUGAGAACGCAACAGAGGCAAUAGCAGUAGAUUCUAACAAUCAGUCGAAGUCCCCCCUGGAGAAGUUUAUGGUCAAAUUGUGCACUCAUCAUCAGAAGCAGUUCAUUCGUGUUCUGAACGAUCUGUACACCGAAUCUCAGCCAGACACCGAGGACCUACAACAUUCUGAUUCUGGAACAAUGGAUGCAUCCACUUGCAAUGCUGGCUGUGCCCAGCUAGGCACCAGACAUAAGGAAAAUGAUGCUCUGUGUCUCGAUAUGAAGUCUCCUCAUUCUGUAGAUUUGAUAGACUCAUCAGGCUCUCACAGUCCUCUACCCUUGGCAGAAAAGGCCCUGAAGGAGCCUCCUCCCGAGACGAACUCUGUAGAUGGAAGAGAGAAUGCCUUGACUAAUAUACAGAAAGAUCCCUCUGAACUUCCAACCACUAAACCUAAUUCUGGGAGUUCAACGGAUAGUUCCACUCUGGGAUACCUUAGUACAUCUAAUUCUUCCCCGUUCAACCUCCAUCACACCUCUGAGAGCGUGGAGGGGCAAACCACUGGACAGGAGCAAGACACAAAUGUGAAAGUAUGUGAGGAUGGUAAAGACCAUAUGCAGAGUUCAGCUUUAGUAGAAAGUCUGGUUGCAGGAAAAUCGGCAACUGAGACUAGUGAGGAGAACAGCAACUGUAUUGUUUCUCAAAGACAUUCAUUCAGAGCUUUAUCAGAAGAGGCUUGGGACUCGGGGUUUACAGGGAAUUCGUCUAGAACUGCUGACAAAGAGAAUACUUUACAAUGUAGCUCCAGAAUGCCUUUGCGCCAGGAUUUAGAGGCAAGUGAACAAGAUUCAAGGCCAAAGCAAGAGAACCAUCUUCACUCACUAGGAAGAAAUAAGGUGGGUUACCAUUUGCAUCCCAGCGAUAAGGGCCAGUAUGAUCAUUCCAAAGAUGGUUGGUUAGCCCCCAGCCCCAUGCCAGCUGUGCACAAAGCAUCCAAUGGACACUCUCGAACCAAGAUGUUAUCAGCCUCCAUCAAGACAGCUCGGAAGAGUAAAAGGGCAUCAGGGCUGAGGAUAAAUGAUUAUGAUAACCAAUGUGAUGUCGUUUAUAUCAGUCAGCCAAUAACAGAAUGCCACUUUGAGAAUCAGAGAUCGAUGUUGUCUUCUCGGAAAACAGCUAGAAAAAGUACUCGAGGAUACUUUUUCAAUGGUGAUUGUUGCGAGCUGCCGACUGUUCGCACACUGGCCAGAAACUUACACUCCCAAGAAAAACCAAGCUGCUCGACACUGGCAUCAGAGGCAGUGGUCACUCCCAAACAGACCCUCAUCAUUUCAGCCCAGAGACCUACGGUGGAUGUGCAGCUUCCCAGAGAGGACAACACUGAAGAGCCUAGUGAAGAAAUAACCUCCCCCAAGGAAGGAGACAGCAAUGUUUCAUCUGAGAAGAAAUCUCAAGAGCCUGAGGUUUGCCCCACAGUGAACCAACCCAAUCCAACCAGCUCCCCAAGGUCAGAGGAAGCAACAGCCUCCAGCCUGGCAUGGCCUCUCCCAGCUCACCUUCCGGAAGAGGCCAUGCCCGAAGGCAGCUCCAUGGUUGCAGCUCCCACAGCAGGUGGGAUAGCUUCCCCUGAACGAGACCAAUGCCCAGCUGAACUGCCUGACGCAAAGGAGACAAGUGAACCUGAAGACUGUCCCCUGGUUCCCUCUACUGAGAUCUUUUCUGAGGGAGACAGAGCAGAUGUUGUGUCUAGGCCUAGUUCUUCUCCUAAAACAGUCAGAAGGGCAGAAAGUCCUCUGUGCUCAGAAAAUCAAAGUGCCCCCGUGAGCUUGGAGCCUCCUGCGAGCCUGGGAAAGGCUGAGGAGGAACAAAGCAUCAGUCCUGAGACCGAGACUGAAGAUGCCCAGGAGCUGGAUUCCGACCCGCUCUCCAAGGAAAGCAGCACUUUGACUAAGAAAAACCCCAGUGACAUUGAGGAAAGUAAGGCAGCAAGUAGUACAGGAAAAUUAGAGGAAGAAGGUGAUGAUAGAAAACAUCCUUCAGAAAAAGAUAUGUGUGAACAAACCAUUGACUCACCUGAAGAGAACUCGGACAAGAAGAAAAAGGGUAAAAAAUGUCCUGAGGCCUCAGAUAGGUGCCUAAGAAGUCAACUUUCAGAUUCUUCCUCUGCCGAUAAGGACCUAAGAAAUCAAAGCUCAGAUUCUUCCUCUGCUUGCCCUGAGGUCAAGGUUUCUAAAAAUCCUGGUGCAGAAUGUUCUGAAAAAGAAGAGUACCCUGGUGGAACAACACCGGAGGACUUUCUGACCGAGGGUCUCCACCCAAAAGCUAUGGAUGACACCGAAAACCCAUAUGUCAAUGAAAAUCCCUCUGAGAAGGAUGCUGAGCAGGAGGGUGAAGAAGGUGGGAUCAUCACUAGGCAGACUUUUAAAAACAUGCUGGCAAAAGAGGCCAAAAAAGAUGAAGGAGAUAUUUUCCCCAACAGUGAUCCUAUUACCACAGUUGGCCAGCCCCUGCCUGGAGAGAGACUGGAAAUCUAUGUCCAGUCUAAGUUAGGUGAGAAAAAUGCCUGUGACCUCUUAGAAAGUGUUCCAUGUCCUUUCCCAGAGCAGUCAGAAGAGAAGCCAGGACCUGUUCCUGCACAAGACGUGGAGGAGGUUGUCAGUGAGAUGGACAGUGCGAACGACCAGCAUAAAGGUGAUGAUCAUGAUGAGCCAUCCAUCGUGCUCGCGUUGUCAAGCAGUGGAAGUGAUGAUGAUGCUGGGCCCUCAAAAUGGGUACCAAGGCUCACGAGGCAGACGUCUUCGAACUACAACCUGAGACAUGCUCAUUCUCUGGACUCCUUGGAUACCACAAAAAUGACUUCAGAAAAGGAAGCAGCACAAGAAAACCCAGUACCCAAGGACGAUGAAGCUUCAGAGAGUGGAGAUCCCAUAGAUGAGGAUGAUGGGGAAGCAGUGGUCGACGACCAGCCCAAGUUUAUGGAAUGGUGUGCCGAGGAGGAAAACCAAGAGCUCAUCGCCAACUUCAAUGCCCAAUACAUGAAAGUUCAGAAAGGCUGGAUCCAGCUGGAGAAAGAAGGCCAGCCAACACCAAGAGCAAGGAACAGGUCGGAUAAGCUAAAGGAGAUUUGGAAAAGCAAGAAAAGGUCACGGAAAUGUAAGGGUCCAUUGGAAGCUCAAAAAUUUUCUCCUGUGCAGAUGCUGUUUAUGACAAACUUUAAAUUAUCUAAUGUUUGUAAAUGGUUCUUAGAGACAACUGAAACCCGGUCUCUGGUGAUCGUGAAGAAGCUCAACACUCGUCUUCCGGGAGACACACCUCCUGUCAAGCAUCCUCUUCAGAAGUACUCACCUUCCAGCCUGUACCCCAGCUCACUGCAGGCCGAACGCUUGAAAAAACACUUGAAGAAAUUUCCCGGAGCUACUCCUGCAAAGAACAACUGGAAAAUGCAGAAGCUCUGGGCCAAAUUCCGCGAGAAUCCUGACCAAGUGGAGCCAGAGAAUGGCAGUGACGUCAGCCGUGGCCCCAGUUCUGAAGACAGAAAAGAGGCAGUCAGGGAAGGUAGAAAUAGCCAUCCUUCUACGAGCUCACCUACUCCAGCCAGUACCCGGAUCCUUAGAAAGUAUUCCAAUAUUCGAGGAAAGCUCAGAGCUCAGCAGCGCUUGAUCAAGAACGAGAAAAAGGAAAGCCCUUUUGGUCUGGCUGUGGAAGGUAAACAGAGUUGUAAAAGUGUGUGCAUCCACCCUCUGAUGUCCCCCAGGCAUGCCCUGCAGGUGGAUGCCUACGGGUUUCCCAUUAAACCCAAGCGUGCUGAUGGAACAAAGGGAAGGAAAGGGAAGCAGAUGUCUGAAAUCUUGCCGAAAGCAGAAGUUCAGAAUAAACGCAAGAGGACCGAAGGUGGCAGCGCUCAGGACAGAAAGGACAAGGGACCGGUGAUGAAAGCCAGCAAAGAAAAACGUAUCGAUGGAGCCACCAAAACCCCUGCCGCCAAGAAGCCAGCCGCCAGGGACAGAGUCAGCCACCUGCCCAAAAAGACAUCUUUGAAAGAAAAUAAAGUGAAGAUCCCUAAAAAGUCCUCUGGGAAGAGCUGCCCUCCCUUCAGGAAAGAAAAAGAGAACACGAACAAAAGACCUCCCCCGUCCCCCGCCUCAGAGACAGUGACUAAACCUGCAAAGCAAAAAGGCGCAAAUGAAUCCUCUUCAAGGCCACAGAAAGCCGCCAGCAGGAAGCAGAACAGCGGCAAGGCUGGGGCCAGACCCUUGAUGAAAACCCCGGAGAACAGUGCAGCCCAGAGAAAGCGAAAGCUGAAGGCAAAGCUGGACGCUUCCCACAGCAAACGGCAGCGGCUGGACGCCAAGUGAUCCGAGGGGUGGCAGCCAAGAGUAAAGCUGUUCUAUAGAAGGAACCCUUUAUUUUGCAUUAACUAAAUCCGCUUUUAUAAGCUUAUCAAGCCUUUCAAACCUGCAGUUAAUGGAGAACACCACAAUUUAAGAUGCCAGAAAAUGCAUCUCAGGUGGAGAAGGAAGCUUGCAGUCUUUCUCCGAGGCUGAGUAAGGGAAGUUAUAUAUUAUAUUCUGGUUGUUCCUUGGGUUUUAAACUUGGAACCAAGCAGUUGUAGUUUUUAAAAGUACAGUGCCUUAUUUAUCCCUUUUGUGUUUAAAAUUUACAAAAGCUAAAAAGCUGAUCUAUGUGAUAAAGGCUUGUAUUUUAUACUUGAUGCACAAGCACUUGUACUGUAGCCGAGAAGACCACCGUCAUGCACAUAAAGUAGCUUUCCAGCAGCUCCCUGCAGUCUGUACGUGAGCAGAUGCUCCUCUCUACAACCCCAGCAGUGAACUUCCCUCUCUGUCUGGUUUGUCUGUUUAAAUGAUAUUUGAAAGCUAAACCAAAUCAUUUUUAUGGUAUGUGGAGAAUGCAGAGGGCAUUUAUAAUUGUUGUAAAAGAUUAGUAUUUCUGUUACCCCUUUUUUAAAAAUCAUAUUCAUUAUAGGUCACUCCUACCUUUGAUCUUUUGUCAUUUGAAAAAAAAAUGGAUUCUAAAUUAUGUGCCCAUGAGACAAAAGGUAUGUUACCAGGUAUUGAUUUUGGUUUAUGACCUCUAAAAAUUAUUUGCAAUACUUGUCCUUACCAUCAUUUUCAUUUUGGGCCUUGAGCUUGCUAGCACUCUAACAAAGUUCCCCCACCCCCGCUUAUAGCUGUAAUUUGCCAAUUAGGAUGAAAGUGACUAUGCUAAUUUUCUUUUUUACCCUGAGUACUUCCAUAUUCAAAAAGAGCCAAAAUGUUAUUUCCAGUAGUAGAAAAGUUUAAGAGUGUGUGUGCAUGUGCAUUUGGGUACAUUUGCCUCUGGCUAUUGGCCACAAAUGUCUCCUAACCCCAGUUCCACAGUAAAUUCUUUCUUCCCCAUGCUCUGUGCUAGGGGAUUCGUGAACUGGGUGCCAAGGCUUUCUGUGAACAUCCUGCAAACCAUUCUGGCACUGGGCUCAGAAAGGUCAAAAGAGCACAGAGUUAUGUAAAGGCCACAGCAGACUUGCAGUUGGAGGAAGCAGCUCCAGUAUCUUAUAGUGGCCCCACAUGGCCUGCACCCAAGCUAAUGUUCAUGUGGAAGUACAAGUUUAGAAUGGGGUCCAUUCUGAUUGGUUAGCACCGUACUCAUAGUUCAUGCUUGUAGUAUCACUCCUGCCUUGGCCAUGUCAGGCUCAAAAGUGAGAGCUGCAGUAUUUGUAAUUGAUCAUGUUUGCCUUUCCCAGGUGAAGCCUCAAACGGGUGCAUUGGCUUUACCUUGGUGCCUAUGACAUUGCUCCAUUAUAACACCGUGUGUACUCAACAUUUCCAUUGGGCCAUUCUGUAAAAAGGCCUAGUUGUUAAAGCCUCAACCAGUUUCUCAAACAUGCUCUGUCACCAACACAGGCUUAAAAGGACAGCUGCUGCUCUGUCCUUUCUAUUAAAAAUUGUUCCAUUUAGAUUGUUUCAGACCAGUUUAGAUAAACCCAGAUGGACUUUUUUUAUGCUUUAGUUUGUUUAGAUCAUGAUAAAACAGGCCUUCUAUCCAAUCUGUAAAAGGCUUGCUGUUUAUGUACAAUGAAAACUUCUGAUGAUUGGAUAGGCCUGGAAAAAAGCAUUUGAUUCAUGGGAAAUGGAGAGUUGUAUUGAAUUUCAUAGAUAGUGAAGCAUAUCUUCAGUGAAGCCGUGAUUUUUUUUCCUAAUGUCUCCUCUAUCCCAUAAGUCUCAAUUUUUUUAUAUAUAUAUAUAUAUAUCUUUGACUAUGGCCAAUGAAGAGCUACCUAUGUUAAUGAAACUGCUGAGUGUGUAUGUUGGCAACCCUUUCUCAGCAUUAAGUUGCACAAAAGCAUUAAUAUGUUUUGAGUAAGUUCAUUUAAUCUUUAAAAAGUGGUUUUAACGUUUAAAAAAAUCUUUAUGUAGAGUCGUCACUGGAUAUUGUUUUUGUGGUGACUUAUAGCUGAGGUUUGCCGAUGUCAGGUGUGCGGAUUCCUGUACAUGCGUUCAAGAUGCCCCCUUAGCUGCACAUAGAUGACCUUGGAAGGGUGCUUGCAUUAUGUUAGAGAGAGGUGUGAGGCAGUAGGUGGGUGGAACUAUUCCAGUUCCAGAUUUAUAAUUCAUUCCAUUACUUUUCUACAUUCUUUUUCUUUUGUAAAAGUUCACUUCAAGAUAAUAGCCUUCUCUCCCAUUCUAAAAAGCAUUUGAGAAAAGUUACCAAUGUGUGUGUAUGUAUUUAUUUAUACACUUAAUGCAGUGGAUCAUCUUUAAAAUCAACUUACACUAUAGUAGUGACUACACUUAAAUAGACUGGGAUUCUGCAUAAUUAUGAGAUUAAAAGUUUAGAAUUAUUUUUGUAUUUGUUGAAUCUUGUUUUUGCUGAUUCAGUUAAUUUUGCUAAGAAAGAAAGAAAGAAAAUUAAUUAAUUUGAGGACUGUCUCCAGAAGGCCUUUUUACGCUUAAAGCCGAUGCUGUCCCCCAGAUACCUCCAAGCCCAGGCUUUGAUGUUGACUCAAGUCUCCCCUUGUCCCCCCUCUCUUGCAAAGACCUCCUUCUCAUAGCCAUUGCCACAGUAUGGCUUGCCACCAGAUGCAAAGUCAGUCUGUCCCACAUUCUAGAUUCCAGAUCAGAAGGAAAUUCUGCUUCUGGGCCUGAGCUCAGUGAAGUGAUUGUCCUAAUGGAGCCCAAGUGGAUGCCCAGAGACCACUGAUAGUAUCUCUUCGCUUUUGGGGAAGCUGGGAGAUGCCGGGAAGCACCACUGAAGCUCCACCCAGAGCUGGGUCCUCUUCUGCAGACACAUCUUCCGUCCCGUGAGGCUCCCUGGGCCUGGGAGGACGCCCUGAGCCUCACCCCCGCACUUCCUCAGGCAUGUAGUGCAGCAGGAAGGCCGUGCUCCUUGGUUCUGCUCUUGAGCUUUCCUAGAUAGGAAUGUUAUUAGCAUCUGUUCAUCUGCAGUUGCUGGCCCCUUCGAUCCCUGAGGUAGCCAGUUCUUUUGUGUCUGUAUUUCAUUAAAGACUUCUACAUGGGCCUUACCUUAAAGAAAUAAUCAUGAGCUGUGGCUUCCAUGCCUCAUUGCUGCUGAGGUGAUGUAGAUAGAGAGGUGCAGUUAGUCAUCCCUUCACAUAUGCGGUACUUUUCAUGAAUCCUCUACACAUCACACACUCGGGGCAGGUGAAUCUCUCCCUGUUCAGACAGGUCAUCAAAACAACACUUCCAGACAGUUACUUUGAAUUGAAUUUGGGUCUCUGUCCUGCCUUGUGAUGGAGUCUGUGGUGAGGGCGGGAGUUGUCACUCAUGAGGGGCAGCGUUCCUGUUGAUGAGUGGAGCUAAGAGCCUGGUAGGAAAGGACUGCUAUGUGAUGCAGGCUGGCGAGGCUCUGGUGUCACCAUCAACAGGCCGGUGUUGUCAUCGUCCCUGGGACUGGGCUGGCAUUUCCCAAGAUGCUGGCCCAGGAGCCACACCCAGUCCUUUCGGUUUUAAGGCUCUCUGUUGGCUUAGAAACAAUUUAUCAAGUCUGCAGAACGUGGGCUGGUUCUUCUUUUGUAAAUAAAAGUUUAUUGGAACAAAGCUACGCCCAUUUGUGUCUGGGUUGUCUGCAGCUGCAUUCCAGCAGAGUUGAGGAGCUGCAACAGAGACCAUGUGGCCUACACAGCCUGAAAUACUUACUGUCUGGACCUUUAAGAAAAAGUUUGCCAGCCUUGCUUGAGAAAAUAAUCCUUUUCCAGGAACAACCUUCCCUGAUGUAUCUUCUCCUUUCUUCUGCCUCUUUCCCUCUGUCCACUUCUUUCCUGCUCCUCCUUAUCUUACCUCAGCUUUAUUCUUCCUUUACAUUUUUAAAUUUCUUCUUGCAACAGAAGAGACAGGUUACAUCAUUGCUUUAGCACAUUGAAUACCAUCUCCUGAAACUUGAGCUACCUUAGCCUCAUAUCUUCCUUCUUAGAAUCACCCAUCACAGUAACCAAAACGAGACGGCCUAUAGAGUCAGCCUGUGAGCAAAUAGGAAUUCUAAAAUUAUGAGGCCUGGGCCUCAUUUCACUUUUUCUUCCCAAUCCUCAUCCCAGGAUAUCCUUUCCGAUGAUCCUUAGAGAGAAAGUCAGGGAGGAGGUGGUCAGAUAGAGAAACAUCGAUCUCACAUCAACUGAUUGCCUCCCACACACACAACCUGGGCCAGGGAUCAAACCUGCAAUUGAGGUAUGGGCCCUUGACCAGGAAUCGAACCUGCAACCCUUGGGUCUUGUGGGCUGAUGCUCUAACCACUGAGAUAAACCGGCCAGGGCUCAUUUCACUAUCAUAGACCUGACACCAGCCUCACUUCUUAUUUAUUUUUAAAGUAAGUCAAGAUUUUAUUUCUUUCCAAAUUCGUUGAGACUGCAUUAGAUGAUGUUCAGUUUUCUGAACCUCACAUUCAUAUGGAAAAAGUCUUCACAGAGGGGAAACAAAGACCAAUCACAAACCCAAAGCAUUGUUGAUCAUGUAAUAUUUUGGGCCAGCUUCUAGGAAAAUAAAACUAUUGGCACUGAUUUUUCCCCCCAAUCCCAUACUCUUCUUUCAAAUUAAUUUUAUUAAAGACAAGCCAACAAAUAAAAAAUGUGAGUAAGAAAUCAUGUUUAUUAUGUACAUCAUAUCAUGGUUAGUAUUCCCUGUGCAUGUCGUCAGGGGGGAAGAAUAAAAAGAUAUUUGUAUUUAAAACAGCAGAAUUGGGAAGCCUUUGAGACAGCUAUUAAUAUAAUUCAUCCCUUGAGCCUGGCUAGGCUCAGUGGUUGAGCAUCAACUAUGAACCAGGAAGUCAUGGUUAGAUUCCUGAUCCGGGCACAUGCCCAGGUUGUGGGCUCAGUCCCCAGUGCAGGGUGUGCGAGAGGCAGCUGAUCAAUGAUUCUCUCUCAUCACUGAUGUUUCUAUCUCUCCUCUCCCUCCCUCUCUGAAAUCAAAAAUAUAUUUAAAAAUGUAUAUAUAAUUCUUCCCUUGAAACAUCAAAACAUACUACUCUGUUCUACAGUAGAUGGAUUGGAAAACUUUGAUGGUCUGACUUCUUUAAUAAUAAGUCAUAUUCAGGUCGAAAACCAGAGCUCUGAUGCUACUUCAGGCUCAGAGCUUUGUCAGGCUGUGCUGGGGACUGGGGACCACCUUGGGCACUUGGCAGAGGGUAUCCUUGCUCAUGCUUUUGUCCUUGGAAUUGAGCUGAAGUUGGUCUGGUCCAUUACCAUCCCUCUGUCUGAUCUUCCUUUUCUCAGUGCUAGUGGUUGACGCUCUGAAUUUCAGAGCCAUCCGUUGCUCCAUCCUUCAGUUCUGUUCGUCUGCUGAGCACAAUGACACACAGGCCCUCUUGCCUUUCGGGGACCAUUCCAUUUAACACAAGGAACUCAGUAGGUGAGCCAUGUGAAGUGUGGGCUUCCCAUUAAAAGAAACAACUACACACUCGUGGUUGUAUAAUAUGCCAGAGAUUGGGAGAGUGCAUUUUGCUUUUUUUAAAAUGGUUAUUUAAAAAAUAUAUUAAUGCCCUAGCUGGUUUGGCUCAGUGGAUAGAGCAUUGGCCUGCAGACCGAAGGGUCCUGGGUUUGGUUCUGGGCAAGGGCACAUACUUUGGUUGCAGGCUCCUCCCUGGCCUAGGUCCUGGUUGGGGCGCAUUCAGGAGGCAACCAAUGUGUUUCUCUCACACCGAUAUAUCCCUCAGUCUUUCCCUCUCUCUUCCACUCUCUCUAAAAAAUAUCAAUGGAAAAAUAUCCUUAGGUGAGGAUUAACCAAAAAACAACAAAUAUAUAUAUAUAUAUAUAUAUAUAUAUAUAUAUACACACACACACACACAUACAUACAUACACACACAUACACAAUACAUAUUAAUACUAUAUAUAUAUAUAUGUAUAUAUAUAUAUAUAUAUAUUAAUAAUAGAGACCAUAUGGACCCCGACAGCCUAAAUACAAAAUAUUUACUACCUGACCCUUUACAGAAAAGGUUUUAUGACCUUUGCAAUAUGUCGCUCAAGAUCAAAUUGUGUGGCCUGUUAGGUACAUGCUUAUUUUUUUCAUAUAGUCCAGCACUGCAGCAUCUCUUUCCUUUUGGAUUUCAGGGUAUCUUGUGAGUUCAUCUUAGCACAUGGCUGCUGUUUCACAUUAUCCCCGAGUAAUGCUUGUGUGUUAAAGAACAAGAAGCCCUGGGCAUCAUCCCGUGCACCAAAAGGUUGCCCGUUCGAUUUCCGGUCAGGGCACAUUCCUGGAUUGCGGGCUUCAACCCCACUAGGGGGGGUGUAGGAUGCAGCCAAUCUGUUCCACUCUCACAUUGGUGUUUCUCUUUCUCCCUCUCCCUUCUCUCUAAAAUCAAUUAAAAAAAUUUCUUUUAAAGAACGAGAAAACACCCCCUCUUUUGUUGAUUGACUAUUUGUGGAAUUGUAGACAUACAGCCUUAUCUACAAGGACGCGUAGUUGAAGUACGAAAUCUUAAACUGAAAGCACCCGGUCUUUGUCAUGUGUGAGUCGGGCAAACUGGACUCUGGAGAAACGUUCCUCUGUGGCAGGGCUCAACACAGAGGGGGUUCCCAGUGCACCUAAAGUGAGGAUGGUGCCUCCCCGGCAAGCACAGGGCGAGUCCAUUCUACCCCGUGGAGCCCUCUUCCUGUGCAGUACACUUGCACGUUUCUCGCUCCCCGAGAUGGGUCAUUGUGGACAUAAAUGCAUGGUCUUUGCUGCUUGGAACCUUGCACCCAGACCACCCAUCCCCAGCUCUUAAGAAUACCAGCAUGUCAGCAGCUUUAGACGGAAGUUCAGGGCUCUCUGGGCCAGCGAAGCCACCCAGUCAGGCCUGACUCACCUCAUCAUGAGGAGCCGCCUGUGGCAUCUUUGUCUCUUCCCUCUCCUGCUUCUGCCACCAGCCCCUUUCAGGGGGCGGCUUCUCCAGGAAGUCUCCCACUUCCAGGCACUUCACUGAGCAUUUAGAGGUCAUAUCAGGAGCAUUUUUCUCUCUCAUAACUUUAUUUUUCUUUUAAUAUUUAGCCAUUGGGGCCCAGAUGCUAUUAAAAUUGUCAACUUCUUCACCCCAUUGUUUUCUAUCAUCUACACCUCAUGUCUUGUAGCUAAAGCUGUAGUGGUUAGGAGCUAGUUUGUGGAAGAGAUGCUAAACAGACAAGAUUUGCAUAAUUUUGAAUAUGUAUACCACAGGUCGAGAUUAGUUUUAGAGCCACUAUAGCUUAAGGUUAUUAGUUUCACCAGUGGUUUCUGCAUUCUUCAUACUAGAUCUAGGAGACUGUGGUAGUGUUUCAAAUGCAUCUAUAGCGCCUAUUUAUACACACCACUGUGGAAUUUAUUUCACUGUGUAAGUAGUGAUAUUUUCCUGUUCAAAUGUUUCUAUAGAAAGUAUUUAUUUUAGCAAAAAAAAUUUAACUGUCAAAAGGGCUUUCCAAAAAAGUGUUCUUUCUAGCCACCCGUCCUCCCCAGCUACUACCGUGCUCAGCCAUUGAACCCCCACACAACACAGUGAAGGCAGAAAGGUCGGAACCCUCCCUGUUUUGGGGCAGAUGGCACAUGGGUUGGGAACCCUGCGUGCAUCCCCCACUGUCACUCUAUCCCAGAACAAAGUGGGUCUCCCACCAUCGGUAUGGCUGCCCCGGGUGUGGCGUCAGGGCUAGCCCCAAGCAGCCCGCCUUUUGCAUACAUGGUUGGUACGUUCACUUUAGCAGCCUGUGCAGGGAAAUGAGCCUUAGUUGUAACCCCAAGGAAAUCCAAACCCAUACCUGUGGGAUAUGGAGAAACCACUUGUUGCCUAAAGAAAGCAUUAAGCUGUAUUUCAGUCUUUCUCGUGUUUGUGAAAGACACCUGUUCCCGCCCCCUGAACCAUGGGGGAUAAGCAUGUUUUCUUUCACACCUUGACAGUACUCAUGAGCAACUUGGCUUUCCCCCUUUUCUCCCCCCUCCCUCUUCUCUACCCCUCCCCUUCUCCCCCCCCCCCCCAAUCUCAGCAAGCAUCUGUGAUGUGGGCCCGCCCCACCCCACCUAUGGCUACAGGACAAAACCAUCUGUUCUAAGAUGUGUGCAACUUUACUUCUCAGGAGUCCUGGUCUGCAAUUCAGAGCACCCCUAGACAUGACGGAACCGAUGCUUUCUGGUCAUUUCCUCUCCCCUGUGCCCCAUUCCUGGGCACUUCUGCUGAGUCAUGAGUCUCAUUCUGUUGGAUUGAGGACGGCAGCUUGGGACUGGACCACAGGGGAUUUUGUCAUCCAUUUGAAUCCUGUCUUACUUAUGGCUUCCCUUUGUCUUUUCCAAACAAAUGAGGAGGACACUUGAACAGUAAUGCUGGAGAAUGUUUGUUUUUUCUAUGAUACUAUUUGUAAGCAAAUCUGAUUUUAAGAUGAAAUGUGAAUGGGUAACUAGGUGCCAGGGAAUUUAGUACUGAACUAGACAGUCAAAACUUUUUUUAUCUUUUGCAGGAAGAAAUAAAUUUUGCUUGCAUUUCAAUGUUCACAGGAAGUGAUGCUGUAAAUAGUUUUUUAAAAAUAUUUAUUAUGUGUGCUGUAUACAGAUUCAUGUUUGGAGUGAUGUCGGUUUGCAUGUAGUAUUGUAGAAGAAUAUAUUUUGAGCAGUGGACUUCCUUUCAUAACACAAUUCACACAUGGAGAAAGAACAAAAAACCAGCAGGUUGAGAGCUGUUUGGGGCAUUUGAUCUGUAAUGUUACAUCAAAUCCAAGCUUUAACUGCCCCCUUUUCUCAUCUGGUUAUGUUAUGUAUUAUAUGUGUGUGUGUGUGUGUGUGUGAUAAACUGGUCAGUGGUCAGUCCCAGAUCUGCAGAGCAGAUUUCCAGGUGUUCUUUCUGAUGUGUUGCCUCUAAGCAAUAAGAUCCUAGGUAAUAACAUUUAUUCCGGCUCCGUGUGGGCCUUGUCUCAGAGGAUAGGGUGGGGGUAGAACAGCUCUUGCCUUGGCCUGAGAGGUUGCUGUACUUGAAUAUUUGCUUCUGUUUGUCUGCACGCUCCUUCCAGUCACAGAACUCCAGGAAUGGGUGAGAAAUCUGCCAGCACCAGACAUCAAAAAUUGGGCAUAGAGAUGGAAAAAGUGUCCAUUUUCCAUGAAUUUGUAAGGGUUUCCAGCAUCUAGUUGAGGCAAAGCUCAUUUGGCGAUAGAGUAAAAGUAAGAACCAUUUACAUUAGAAAUUUAAAUGGCCGAUUUGAAGUCCUUUAACUAUAUCUGACCUACGUUGAGAAGCUGGCCCAGUUUCUGGAACCCUCCUCCGUGCCUGGGUUUGAAAUGUCUGGAGCCCCCUUCUCUCUGGGGUUCAACCUUUUUGGUGAGUGCAGAGGGCAGCCGCUCCUCCGGGUCUCCCGGCAUGCCCAGUUCCACAGGUGUCGAAGCUGUUCAGCAGCCUCUCCUAGUGACCGUCCUAAACUUUUACAAAAAAUACCCCACACCCAAAUAACCAUGAAUAGAAUAAUGUAGUUUUGUAGGCUUUUGGAAUAUGUCUUCUCUUUUGUAUUUAUGAUGGUGUUUGGAAUUUUUCACUAGUGUUUUUUAGAUUUGAAGUGGGUGCAUUAGGAUAAAACUUUCCAUUGCUGAGCCAAAAAGCCAGCAAGAGGAAAGAAACUGACCUACGUUGUAUCAUUGGGAAGGUGACUACUUCAUGUGGUGGGAGGGCGGGGCGGGGGCGUUGUAGAUGACGUGAGAGUACAAUAGAAUUCUGGCCUGAGGUGCCCCAAGUCUUAUUGCUCUGUAAUAAAUAAUCCCCUUUCUAGCCUCACUUAAUCUCAAUAGAAGCCUGCUGUUUACCCUCAGGGAACACGUAGUUUUCAAAAUGGAGCUCCUCCAAGGUCAUUGGCCCGUGCCUGUGUGCAGGCGUUAGUGGUCUUGAUAAACUCAUGGCAUUAUUCUCCCAUAUGCAUCACGAUAUUAAGAAAUGCAACCCAACCUGUAUGAAAAGCACAGCCCAGGGUCCUACUUCAGGCCAGAGUUCAUGCCUUCGAGGGGCCGGGGGCCCACGCAAUGUAACUGAAGCUCAGGUGCCGUGGUGGUUUAUUCUCUUCAGGGCCCUUCAGAUGAAUCCCGGGCGAGGGCUGCCGAUCCGGCUGUGGAUCCAGGGAGUUCUAAGAUGAAUCUCUACCGUUCCUUUAAAGGUCUUUCUGGUUCCUCCCCGUUUUGUCAUUGCCAAGGUCAGUCUUGUAGUUGUUCAGAUGUGCUCCUUUUUGCCGUCUUGUGAGUCUUAGCCAGUGAUCCAGAUGCCCAGGGAGAGAGUCUCCGAGGGCCCCGCCCCUUCCCCGUCCCGAGCGUGUGCUCCUGAGAUGAGAAAUUCUGCAAAGGGUUAUCAGAGGGCCAGCGUGUAUCUCUUGGGCCUGGAUGUCCACUAUGUUAGAGAGUGUAGGGAAAUACUGUGUUGUUUAUGGAUGAAAAUUCAAUGUAUGCUGUGAAUUUGUUGGUUUGAAACAUUGAAAAUUUUUCAUUAGACAAUGUUUACAUACCUCACCUGAAGAACCUUUGAGAGUGUAUAUAUGAAAUUUUAAAAUAUAUUAAGUUGCUUUAAAACAAUAUGUAUAGCUAUAAAAGUUGGAGUUAUUUUAACUUUGAAUAUGUACCAAGUCUAAAUAUUGAAAUCUUGUGGACUUCGUGUGCUUCUGUGUUUUGCUUUCCUAUUAGGCCACGUAGGAAACUGUGUUCUUGUUAUUGGUGAAGGGUCCUCACUGAAACCCAAGCUUGGAAGGAUUUCCUUGGUUGUUUCAGAUUUUCUUGUUUGGUUUGAGGGGUGGGGUGUGGAGCUAGAGGAUGUGUGGGAGGGAUUACUCUAACCUGGACAUCUAUCCCAUGAGCUUUUUCUAGGCGCCUAUUUUAUUGCAGCGUAUUAAACUUCUUUGAUAUUAAA